UUUAGUUUAGUUUAGUUUAGUGUUGCGAAUCGAUUCUUCACAUCAACUCGUUUAAGAGUUACAUUAGAAAGGAACCGAUUCAGUUAUCACUUCUUAAAACAGCGGAAGGCGCUCGGUUGAAAGUGUUUUUGAGGUACUUUUGUGAGACCUUUCGCACUUUUACGUGAUGCUUGAUGUUUGUAGUGAACUGAAAUGGAGUUUUCAGAGCACAUUAAGACGGCUAAUGUGGAGGACGUGGUGCUGAGAGAAUGUUCCAGACCACCGCGGAGAGGAGCGCUGUGUGUGACCGGACACCACCUCCUGUUCUCGGACAGACAGCAGGACAGCACCUGGCAACUCCUGCUGCUCCUCAGAAACAUUGAUGCCAUUGAGAAAAGUGUUGAGAAUCUUCUUGGAUAUCCUCAGGGCUUCAAAGUAAACCAGAAGCAAAGAACACCCGGGUCCUCUGGAAGCAUUGUGAUCAAAUGUAAGGACCUGCGCAUCCUCCAGCUAGAUAUUCCCGGCAUGGAAGAGUGCCUGAACAUCGCCAGCUCCAUCGAGGCUCUCUCCUCUCUGGAGAAUGUUACAGAAAUGUACCCGUUCUUCCACCGGCCUCGUGGGCUCAGACUGAGUGACCCCUGGGGUUUAUCUUCUACAGAGCAGGAAUACAAACAAACAGAGAGACUGUGGGACAGAUGGCGGCUGAGCACAGUGAACCAGGAUUUCUCGGUGUGUAAGUCGUACCCGGGCACCGUGAUCGUACCGAGAUCGGUGGAUGAUGGCACUCUGAUAAAAGCAGCGAGAUUCCGACAGGGCGGCAGAUUCCCAGUGGUCUGUUACUGCCACCAUCGCAACGGCAUGGUGAUCAUGCGGAGCAGCCAGCCCAUGACAGGAGCCAAUAGGAAGCGCUGUAGGGAGGAUGAGCUUCUCCUCGAAGCGGCCAUUGAUGAAUCAGAGCUGGGAUACAUCAUAGAUACACGCUCCGCCCAGCAGGCCCAGCAGGCCAGGAUGACCGGCGGAGGGUUCGAGUCUAAAUCCUGCUACCAACCCUGGAGGAGAUUACACAGACACAUGGAGAGAGGUAAGGUGUUACAGGAGAGUUUAAUAAAGCUGGUAGAAGCAUGCACAGACUCGUCCCACAACAUGGACCGCUGGCUGAGUAAGCUGGAGAACUCCAAAUGGUUGUCUCACGUUCACACUGCGCUGUCCACCGCCGGACUCGUGGCUGAGUGUGUAGAGAGAGAUGGUCACUCAGUGUUGGUUCAUGGCUCUGAGGGAACAGAUACCACGCUGUUGGUGACGUCACUCGCUCAGCUCAUCAUGGAUCCUGAGUGCAGAACUUUCAUGGGCUUCCUCCGUCUGCUGGAGAGAGAGUGGGUACAGGCAGGUCACCCGUUUCAGCAGCGCUGCGCUCACUCAGCUUACUCUCACGCCCGGCUGAAGCACGAAUGCCCGUCCUUCCUGCUGCUGCUGGACUGCGUGUGGCAGAUAAUGCGUCAGUUCCCUUUGGCGCUGGAGUUCAGCGAGGCUCUGCUGCUCAGACUGGCACAGGAAGCCUACGCCUCCAACUACGGCACCUUCCUCUGCAACAACGAACACGAGCGACACAUGUUGCACGUGAAGGAAAACACACACUGUCUAUUGGGGUUUCUAUUGGAGUGUUUAGAGAGAGAACAGUACCUGAACCCUCUGUAUGAACACACACAGCUCACCGUCUGGCCUUCUGUACAGCCGCAGUCUCUCCAGCUGUGGAGCGGACUCUUCCUCAGGUGGACCGAACACACUCAGAUGAUGGACGAGGCCCGAGAGGAGAUCAGGACUCUAGUAAAAACAUACAGGAGCGAGAGGAUCAGCAGUGAUGAAGCCACACACUCACAUCUCACACACCGAGACGUUCUCACGGUUCUCGAGAACGACAUGGACGAGCUGACCAUACUGUGAUCUCUUCUCUGAACCUUCUCUCUCUGUUCACAUCUCACCCACCUUGUCUGUUUACAUUCGAUAUCAAUGCAACUUAAAAAAAAAAUGAAAUCCUGAAAUUAUUUGAUUAAUAUUGGGAAAUGAAACCAGGAACCACUGUUUGCCGAGGGAGGAAGAGGAAGCUACGAAUCAGAGUUUUGGUUUCAGGUUCAUGCACACCGUCGUUUUUAAUACUCUGAGUUCACACUGUUACUCUCGGGUUUGACUUUAUGUAAAUAAAAAAUCCAGGCUGCUGAUAUUCCUGUGAAUUUCUAACUUAAUUAAACGCUUUUAAACUGUGAAA